AUGAACUUCUACUCUCUCCUCCUCUUCGCCGUCCUCUCCAUCGCUCUCGUCGCUUCAAACGACGGCGCCACUCGCGGACCUCCCGGAAAGUUCGCAAGAAGACAUGGACUUCAAGAGUACGGAAAUGACGACGACGGAGUAGUCAUCAUUGGCAGCGUGGACAAGGGAAUCGCCAGAGUGCCGCUGAACUAUAGAGAGCCCGGUUAUUGA